ACAAAUCGAACAAAAAUCGAAGCCAACCAAUUGGAACCGAAAUCUUGAAAUCAGCGUCCAUUGCGGUUCCGCCAAUUAAUAUUGAUGUCUUUGUCGUCGCAUCAUCAAAUCAGCGACAAUCAAGGCUAGAGGCGGCUGGAGGUGGAGUCUCCACAAAUAUGCGCCAGCAAACAGAAUCGUCGGACGAUGCUACUAUAAUGAGCCAUAUCAGCGAGCAAAUAUUAUCCGCGACAACAGCCGACCGGGGAGUAGAAGUGGGAAAGGGGAAAAACAAUGAGCAGCAGCUACAGCAGCAGCAGCAGCCGGGAAAUCAUCAUCAGGGAAAGCAGCUCUUGAGUAAAUAGAAAAUCAACGAGCAAAAUCAAUACAAAAUCAAUACAAAUACGAGAAGACCUCCUACCAUAGAGGAGAUAGACAGACAGUCAGCCAGAAAUUGAUUGUCAACAUUAUUUGUUGUCGCGUGGAAAGAGCCACAAAAACACAGCAACAACAACAACAACAACCGUAGGAAUAUACAACAAAAGAGUGUCAUCGAAAGGAGUGAAAGACAAACAAAGGAAAUCCUCUAUAGAGCGAAAAAAAAUGGGUGGAAAGCAUCAUCAUGGUGCCGGCUCCGGGUCCAACGCUGGAGGAGGCAGCGGUGGAGGGGGCGGCGCUGGCAGCCUCAACUCGAGCAUGUGCAACUCGGUGCUCACCAAUGCCACCACAGCCACCAGCAGCAGCCUCACCCAGCAGCAGCAGCAGCUGCAGGCCAAGUACAUCAAAUCGAAGCGCCACCAGAGUCGCUACACCAAUCUGCAGCAUUCUGGUCACGACUCAGGCAGCUAUCUGCAUCUGAAUUCGCUCUGGUCGAUCUGGUACGGUGUCCUGCUCACCCUCUUCCAGGGAUAUCUGGCCAUGCAUGGAGCCUACAGGUUCUUGGGCUGCUCGUUGAUACCCUGGAAAAUUGAGCCCGUGGCGGAAUUGAAUCUACAGAUAGUGCUCUCUGGCGUGGUAUUCAUACUGCUGCCAGUAUUCUUCACUUCGGCGGUGUUUAAGGUUGGCAACUUGGCAAACGACGGCAUUAAAUUGGCCACUGGCGCCAGAGAGCGACGCUGCACUCUGGCCCCCCACGACGGACUCGAGGAGGAGUCACGCGGCGGCACGUUGCGUGCCCUGUGGACACACGGCGGACCGACGGCGGCCUUUGUCCAUAUCCUGAUUGCUCUUUGUUUGCUGCUGCCGCGGCUGCUGCUCGAGGCACGCAUCAUCGAGAACGGACUGUUGCCGAAAGAACAAAUUUGGGCCACUGAAAUGGACUUUGUUGUUAUCAAUCGACGCAAUUUGAUGGCCCUAUCGGUGGUGGGACCUGCCACGGCCCUGCCAAAGCACUACCAUCAACAGCUGCCGAACGAGCUGGAUGAGGACCACUCACAGACUUUGAACAUGACCGCAACCAGCAGCGGCAGUCAAGAGGAGGAGGACUACUACAACGACACCAUGUUCACGGCCAUUCGGGGACUGGGACCAGGACUGGGAGGCAAUAACAACUUGUUCGACCUACGACCUCAACCAGAUAAGGCAGCAAAUGCUGGCGGCAGGAAGAAGUCUACGACGACGACGACGACGACGGCGGCGGCCAAGACAACGACAAAGACGGCGGCAAAGACGACACCCAUAUCCACAAAAUUGAAUGCGGGCAAAUACUUUGAAGUGCCCGAUUUAAUUAAUCAAGAUAUUGACGAGGAGGAGCGCCAGGAGCUGGAGGAGGCCAUACACGACGACGAGGAGGACGUGGAUCUCUCGGGGGAGGAGCAGGGCACGGUUAUACUGCCAGACUUUGAUGAGUUUGCUCCGAAAACCACAGGCAGGAGCAGCUCCACAGACGACAACGACGACAGCAGCAACAAGUUGAAUAUCGAGAAUUGGCAGACAUUGGGGACACUGGGGAAGGACUCGGGAUCAACGACAACCGAGGCGCCAACAACAACAACCACAAGAAGAAGCACCACUACAACAACCACCACGACGACGACGACGACAUCGACGACGACUCCUGCCACAACGACAAGGACAACCGCAGCGGCGGCAACAACCAAACAGCCACAUCCUCAUCACAGCAAAACCCGAAAGCAUCACAAGCAGCACCACAAGAAACAGCAACAGCAACAGCAGCAGCAGCAGCAGCAGCCGCGUCGUCAUCAUGUGGCAUCGCACGAGCAGGCAAUGCUGGAGAGCUACCCUGGAGGGGAGCCGGAGGAGACCACCACGCGGGACAGCAACAUCCACCGCGUGCGGCCCGAGGUCCUGCCAGAGAUCAUCAUACCCUCGACGCCAGUGUCGAGCAACUCCAAGAUCAUAGCCAUCAAGCCGAAGAACCAGAAGCGAAGGAUCAGCAAGCGUUCGGCCAGCGCUGGCGUGGAGAUCGAGCCGGAAUAUCAGCUGGGCGAUGGCACUGGCAGCAUCAGCUCGAGUGAAUUUGUGGCCAAGUCCAACGAGGACGAGGUCGAAGAGAGCGAGGACUUUGAUUUGGAGGAGGGAGACUUUCAGUCGGUGCCGGCCCUGACGCCAGCCACACCGGCACCGCCGACCACACCGCCCGGCAGCGACUACGUGCGGCUGGAUGGCUUUGCCGGAAUGCUGCAGCUGUUCUUUGGCAUUGACAAGCCCAUCGAUGUGGCCAUCUUUGCCCAGCCGCCGAGUGCCGAGUUCGUGAACCUCCUGUGCGCCCUGCUGGUGUGGACCGUGCGCUAUCCGGCCGUGUUCUGGAACACCUCCAAGUCCUUUGCCUGUGUCUUCAGUCUGCAGAUGAUUGUGGCCGCGCUGGACAUCGUGCUGGGCUACGUGGGCGUCUCGAAUCUGUACAAGCUGCAGAUCUAUGCCGAGGCCAUGCCCGUGCAUCAGCCGGGACUCAUACUGAACGGCGUCGUGACGCUGGCCCUGUAUCUGCUGGCCACGGCCCUGGUGCUGGCCUCCUCGAUGGUCAUGUAUCUGUACGGACAUGGUCGCCUGGCCACCCGCAUGCGGGAUCGCUCGAUCAUCACUCUGAAGGCCAACGAGACCUGGAUUUACUUUGCCCACUGCGCCUCGCUGUGCUUUGUCCUGGCCCUGGCAGUGGUCAAGGCACCGCUGCUCAACGAUCUGAGUGCCACCUACAAGAACAAUCUGCAUUGCCCCACGUUUCUGGCAGCUCUCAUUGGUGUCACGCAUCUGUUGCUGUGGAUUGUCGUCUGGCUCUGUCUGACGAUCAAACGGCGCUGGCACUUCAAGCUGCCGCCGCUGGACAACACCUACGGGGGCCUGCUGAACAAGGCCAGUGCCCAGCCCCUGCUGAUGUCCAGUGGCCAGCGGACGGGCAGCAACUCGAGCAGCGGCGGCAACUCCACCAGCACGACCAUGAACGGCGGCAACGACUCCACCUCGAAGCCGGACAUGAUGAGCACGGCCACCAGCACGGAGCUGGGCAUGGGCAUGGGCAUGGGCAUGGGUCUGGCUGCCCAGGAGGAUAUCUACUGGCCGAAGCUGACGCCCAGCUCGCCCAAGCUGAAGGUCACCUUCAAUGAAGUUACGAGUACGUCUGAUGAUGUCCUACUAAUUGGUGACCAAGAACAAACUGAUGGCAAGCGCCAUACGAGCCGUGGAGCCUCGAUAUGUUUUGCCAGUUCUGCGGGGGAAAUUGACGACGGCGAGUACGCGACACUAAGGGCAGCCACUGCCGGCGCCGUUGUGGGCAUCACCAUGGGCAGCAUGAAGAGUGGUCUGGGACUGGGUGCUGUCGGGGCUGGCACCGGGGCUGGAGGUGGAGGCAGCAUUUCGUCAUCGGUGGGCGUUAGUCUGCUCCACCUGUCGGAGUAUGAUGAGCUGCCACCGCCGCCGCCAACCACCAACCAGCACCAUCAACAGCAGCAGCAGCAGCGACAACAGCAGCAGCAGCAGCACCACCACCAGCAUCCACAUCCUCAAUUUGCCCAUGGACAUCCCCACGACUAUGCGAACCUCAGCGGACUGGGCGGCAUCAGCGACGACAACAUCUCGGAGGAGGGCAAACUGUUGGCCUGCGUGCGAGACGAUAGUAUAACAUAUGCCUCGACCAGAGAUCUUGAGCCGCCACAGCCAGCGGCAGCGGCACAGCCACCCCCACCGCCGCCGCCAUUGCCCGUCAAGGGUGCACCCAUGCCACAGCCACCGGCAGUGCUGCCCCAUGCCCACGCCCACGCCCACGCCCACGCCCAUGCCGGGCCGUACGGUCGUGCCCCCCAAGCCAUGCCCGAGAUAAUGCAAUUGUCGCCCGAGCACCAUCACAAGUCGCAUCUACAGCAGCAUCUCCAGCAGCCGCUCCAGCCGCAGAAGCCGCCACAUCAUCCUCUCCAGCAACAGCAGCAGCAGCAGGGAAAUCCAACGCAUCAGCAUCUAGUCAGCCCCUUGGCUCCCGUCACGGUUGCCGUACACACAAAUGAGGCGCAUAUUGCCUCCAGUUCCACACCCCGUUGCCUGCGUCGCGCCGACUCGGGCGUACCCAACGAGGCCCUGACGCCACGCAGUGACACCACCUCGAUCACGGAGAGCACCACCACCUCGCCGCCAGAGCGCGCCCCCUCCGAGUCCUCGAGCGGCGUGCACUCGGGCGAGGAGCGCGAGCUGGAAGUUAUCAUCAGGCCACGGACCAGCUGCAAGCCGCCGCCGCGUCCACCACAGCCGCCCAUCCAGGAGGAGCCCUACGGCCGCUGCACCAACAUGCGCAUGUCCAGCUUCAAUGCCGAUCCUGCGGCCUCUCUCACCUCCUCCGCCGGAAUGAACAGUGCCACCCUGCCGAUGCAGCGCACCGCACCGGAGCAGAAGUUCGACUACACGGCCCACUGCAGCACGAUGCCGUUGCCGGUGGGCUGCCACAGCCAGCAGCUUGCCGGCAACGCUGGCAACGGCGGCUAUGCCUCCACCUCGGCCAUGACCACCUCGAUGGGUGGUGGGGCCAUACCGCCGCCUCCCUCGCAGGUCACCAGCUUCAAGACGUCCGGCAUUGGGAUGCACUAUGCCAACGCUGCAGUGGCCCUGGGCAACGGUCAGAUGCAGGCGCCGCACACCACCCUACCGAACGGCGUCCGCUACUCGAAUCCGCAUUUCCUGCGCCGCCUGCCGCAUGUGACCAAGGCAGCCGAGUCGCCGUACGGCCACUUGGGCUACGGGGCCGGACACCAUGCCUUCGCCAAGCUGCCCCACGAGACGCAUCCCACCAUACCCGAGGACCGCGACUCGGCCAACUAUUCGAUGGCCUCCGAUCAGGACUGCGGACUGUAUGUGACGGCCCAGCUGCAUUAGGCUUCAAGCUCAAGCUCAAGCUCAUCCAACUAUUUACUCAGUUUUUCGUAGUACUGUAGUACUGUAGCACCCUAAUCGUAUCCGUAACCCCGUACUCUUCUAAGUUAGCCUCUCGGUUUUUGUACAGCUCCGUGCCCAAGAGAAGCCACACCACUAAUCCACUAAUCUUCCAAAAACAAUGCACUCGAGAUCGGCUGGAGAACGAGUCCCAAUUUGGGUAUACAUGAGUGUACGAGUAUGUAUUCAUUAAUUUUCGAUUGCUUUGCCUAAAACAAUGAUCGACUACACACCUACACUCAAGCGAGUGCGAUUAUCAGUAUGAAUAUGAGUAUGUUGUAGCACAAACAACCCACACACACACAGACAGACACACACAGUCGUAGCUGAUGAUGACAAACGCCCACGCAAAGGAAACCUUAAAACUAACUAUAUCUUCAUGCAUCUAAAUCUACAUCCAAAUCCAAAUCUAAAUCUAUUUAUAUUUAUAUCUACAUAUAUAUAUAUAUUUAUACAUGGCUAUGCUCGUAUACAAUGUGUAAGAUA